AUGGGUGGCGGUUCAAGUAAGAAACAAGCAACUAAUGCCAAUCAACCAGUACAAUCAACUUUUCCACCUGUACAACAACAAGUACCCGACAAUCGUCCAAUACAAAGAUCUUCACCAAUGACGACGUCUCCUUCACCUAUUAAUGAACCAUCUGGUUUUAAACCUGAUCGAACAUUAUCUAGAAUAGCUAGUCCAGCACCAUCAAAACAUAGUCAACGAACUGUUGAUAGAAGAAUGACAAGUUCACCUAUUGACGAUAAACAUGUUGCUUCAUUUCGUGAAUCGAAUAAUAAUAGUCCUCAAGAUGGUGAUGAUAUUGCAUUACCGCAUAUUAAUAAAUCGGCUAACAGAUCAGGAACACGUUCAUCGACACGUACUUCAACUGUAACUCCUGCAGUGCCAUCUGAACGACGUCAAACAGGUGCUGAUCAAAGUAGUUCAGCAACACCUCAUGGACAUGAUCAUUAUUAUUGUAAUCAUUGUCCUCAUUGUAGACGACAAAGUCUAAUUAGCCGAAAAGCCACUCCGGCGCCAAAAUGGCUGACAGAAAAACCAGGAAACGUUCCGUUUAGCAUUGAUAUGGAUAAAUACGAUUCCGAAGCUGUUAAAAAGAAAGUCAUUGAUGAAAAUGGUCAUGUUCCUGGUUCUUAUGAUUAUCGUCCUCAACUAACACUUGAACAAUCAGAUGAUUAUGAUGUACGAAAAGAAAAUUAUUUUACACAAACACUUGUUGCUAAGACAUCACCAAAUGUUUCACCAGUACGUACUCCAUUUCCUGAAAAUAAUGUAUUACAACGUCGUGAACGACGCAUAAACAAGCCCUAUGGAUUGCCAUUAUUUGCUGAUUAA